AUGGCGUCUAAUGCUGCUGGAAAGGGCGUCCACAAGCCCAAACUUACCAGGGCAGCUCGCCGCAAGAAAUGCGAUGAAGAGAAGCCUACCUGCCGCCGGUGCAGAGACGGCGGCUGGAAGUGCGAUGGUUACGCCCACUUGCCUGGGAGCACUGCUGGCAGUGCAGUCCUUCCCGGAACCUCCAGCAGCAGAAGCAGCAGCGUCGAUAGUAGCCGAAGCAGAGCUGGCACGCCGGCCAGAAGCAUCGUCGUCCGACAGGCGACGCCCUCCUCCAACAACGCCAAAAGCAUAGUCAAAAGAUCGGAUGGCAGCAACACCACCAGUAUCAGCCCCUCCCCCUCGCCUACUCCCGCCGCCGUCGCCUCCGCCGCCUCCUCCCCUCGGGCCAUUAUACGACCGACGAGAAUCUUUGCGAACGAGGGAGAAGCCCUCGAGCUGCGCUUCCUCGGCCACUUCUUCAACUGUACGCUGGGGGAUAUUGUUCAUACAAACGGCCCUCAAGACUUCUGGCGACGGACCCUCCCCUCGCUGGCACAGAGCGAACCCUUGAUCCGUCACGCCGUCACGGCGCUGGGCACCACGCAUUGGUUGUUUAUGGGCCAUGAAGUCGCAACCCCGAACCAGAUUGCCUCCUCCGAGGCUGUGCUCAACCACCAGUACAACCAGGCCAUCACACGGCUCGUCCCGCUGAUGUCCCACCCUCCAGAUUCUAACCCUAAUAUCCCCCUUAUACUUAUAUGCUGCCUUCUCUUCGUCUACCUGGAGGCUCUGCGAGGUGCUCGCAACGAGGCAUUCCAGCAUCUGGCAUCUGGUUCCCGUCUCCUUGCUUCGUUGUCAGAGGUAUCCCCAACCCCUCCGGUUUCCGAGGAGACCUUGCGAGAGAUUGCCGCCUUGUUCAGGGGGAUUGGGUCGGAUGUGACACCGUUCACGUAUGAUAAGAUGCUCUCUAAUCUUGCGUCCUUCGCGAACCCAGCCGCCGGGGAUAGUGAGGCGGCUACAAAGCCGUUUGCCAGCUUGGAAGAGGUGUGGGACGAGCUGGCGGAGAUCGAGAUGCAAAUGUACGAUACCGAAUGGGAGUCGGACGAGAGUGGGAAGUGGGCAGACGUACCGCUGGAGCAAAGAGAGGUGGAGCGGGCGUCGUGGGAGACGGUCAAGAAGCGAUUCUUGGUGUGGGAGGCCCGCUUCGAGAAGACGCUGAAAGCCCUCGGGUUGGAGAGUGACGAGAGCUACGAAGUUCUGAACCUGCGGCUGCAACGGCACAUGUGGAGGCUGAUGGUGGACGACGACGAAGAAGAGUCGUGGGACGCGGAUCCCACGAUGGAGCCGGAUGAGUGUGCGAAAGUCAUGGACCAGGUGGAGCGGCUGCUGUCCAUGACUCCGUCUACGAUGCGUGUCUUUACCCUGCACGCCGACCUCAUCCCCGCGCUGAUUGUCGUGUAUGGUUCGUGUGCGGACACGGCAGUGCGGCGGCGGGCCAUCACCCUGCUACGGCUGCGGAGGAGGAGAGAGAUUGUUUGGGACAGCGAAGAGAUUGCGCAGUUCCUCGAGGCAGAUUUGGAGCGGUGUCUUGCUGGGGCAAAGAAGGCUGGUUGGCCUGAGAUAGGGCCAUGUGCGGACAGGAAGGCCUUGUUGUUCUAUCGACCUCUAGAAGCAUGA